AUGGAUAGACAGUUGAGAGAGAAAAAGGAUACGGAACAGAGACUUAAAGAUGAAGAAUUAUUAGAUAAGGAAAUAGAAUACUACGAAGAAAAGUUAUUGAGAAGGAGAGCACAAGAUGAACAAGAGGCACUAGAGAGACGUUUGAGGAAUGAAAUCGAAACGAAUUUACGGAAGGAAUAUGAGCAGAAAUUAAAGAAUGAAAUGAAGGAAAUUGCAAGAAGAGAAAGCGAAGAAAGAAAGUACUUUGAAAGAGAAAAGGAAAGAAAGCAAUUGAAAGAGAAGGAAAGACUGAUGAUGAUGAAACGAGAAAAACAAAGAGAAGAAGAAAUGAAAAUGAUGGAAAGAAUAGAGAGUUUGAAGAAGAUUGAAUUGGAAAUAGAUAUGAGAAAUAAUGAGUUUGAAGGCGAAGACAGUGAUAAUGAUAUCGAUAGAGAUGUACAAGAAAGGAUGGAACUUUUAAGACAGGAAAUGAUGAGUUUAGAAGAAAGAAUACAUAUGAAGAGUAGAGAUAGUAGAAACAAAGGGACAUUAUUUAAAGAUAGAAACACAACAAGAAAGCCAUAUAUAUCAUCAGGAACACCACAAAUACCUCACUUUGAUGGAACACAAUUCGAAGAAUGGAAACUCGAAGUAGAAAGUGCAAUAGAAACGGGAUUAUAUCAAGAUUAUGUUUUGGCACAGGCGGUAAGAUCAUCCGUAGUUUCAACAGCAAGAAGGGUGUUGCAAACAUUAAGACCAGCAGCAACUACAAAAGAAAUCGUUUCUAAAAUGGAAGAUAUAUACGGUAACAUCAGAAGUGGAGACUCUAUCAUUCAUGAAUUUUACUCUGCUAAACAACAAAUAAGUGAAUCAUGUUCCGAAUAG